CAUGGCACAUUCAAUAGGUCAUAUCCGACUCUCUGUAAUUCCGAAAAAAUCCUGCAUGUUGUUAAACACCUGCAAAGUUAUAGGAGUUGUAAUAAGUCAGGCACUACUCUGAAGUUCAGGGUUAUUCAGAGAGCGAUGUCCGUUGUUGGUGCUCACAGUCUGGUCAGCAGUGUGUGGGGCUACGUGGACAGCACAAUAAGAUGGUGCUGGAUCCCCAGCUGGUUGUCGUCAUGGUGUCCCACCUCUCAGGUCCAGCUGCAGACUGCAGAGGACAUGAUGCUGCGAUGUAUAGACAGCACUUUCUCCAAACAGUACGUCCCCAUCUCCAACGGCAACCUGUUGUGGACCCUGACCUUUAGCAGCGACCGUGUCAAAGACAAAACCCCCGUGGUUCUGCUCCACGGGUUCGGAAGUGGCGUGGGCCUUUGGGCUCAGAACCUGGACGCUCUCUCCCAGCGUCGGCCAGUCUUCGCCGUGGACCUGCUGGGCUUCGGACAGAGCAGCAGGCCUCUGUUCUCCACAGACGCCCGGGAGGCCGAGGACCAGUUUGUGGAGUCCAUAGAGCAGUGGAGGGCUAAAGUGGGACUGGAGUCCAUGAUACUGCUGGGUCACAACCUGGGAGGAUACCUGGCUGUGUCAUACUCUAUUAAAUACCCUGACAGAGUGAAGCACAUAGUGCUGGUGGAGCCCUGGGGUUUCCCUGAGCGGCCGGACACAGUAGAGGCAGACCGCCCCAUCCCGGUGUGGAUCAAAGCCCUCGGGGCCAUGUUCAGUCCCUUCAACCCCCUGGCUGGACUCAGACUGGUUGGACCGCUCGGGCUCACUCUGGUCCAGACUCUGAGACCCGACUUCAAGAGGAAGUUCUCCUCCAUGUUCAGUGACAACACCGUGUCAGAGUACAUCUACCACCUGAACGUGCAAACCCCCAGUGGGGAAACCGCCUUUAAGAACAUGACCGUUCCCUACGGCUGGGCUACGAGGCCGAUGCUGCAGAGGAUGGACCAGCUUCAGCCCGACAUCCCCAUCACCAUCAUCUACGGGUCUCGCUCCAGCAUAGACGGCAACUCAGGCAACACCAUCAAAGGGAUGAGGCCACACUCGCAUGUGGAGAUCAUAACCAUCCGUGGCGCCGGACACUACGUAUACGCUGACCAGCCGGAGGACUUCAACAACAGAGUUUUGCAAGUGUUUGAUAAAGUGGACCAAAUCAGACGGGCCCAGUUACUGAACUCUGGAGUAAAAGGGGAACACCAAUAACAGACUUCACUGGAGCCGCCGCUGUUGGAAACACAGACAUACAGGGUUCCACCUCCUAGAGGCAGGAAUAAGGAGUGUAUUUUUAUAACGUGGGAAAACACUUCAAGUGUGAAUGGAUACCUGUAUAUCUGCUUAUUGUUUGUGAAGAAAUACAAUAAGACUCAGUGUUUUAGGAGAGUCAUUUCUAUGACAUUUUAAAUGAUGUCAAUCUGAAACAGAAUCGGUGUCAUUCAAAAAGCUCAGUUACAGUGUCGUGUGUUUUCCUGUCACCCGCGGUUUGUGGUUCUGAUGCAGACAGGAAGCGUUCUCUUUAGUACAUCACUGCAUCAGCACCAGGAAGCAGAUAUAGAUUCAUCUGCAGCCAAUAAUAAUUUGUUUUAUAGCAUCCGUCCUCUCUGCUAGGUUUCUUUUGGGCUUUCCUUUCUAUCUCCAAAGUUCAUUUCAAUUGCAUUAAUUAUAAAUGUGAACUCAGAUCAGCUCUAGUCUGAGGCAGAAAUUGUCAAAUGAAACCUACGAGGCUGUUUUACACUCUGAAGCUGGUGCACAGCCCUACAGGGCAGAUUAGACUGCUUACACCAUUUGAAUGCAUAGUUUAAAAGUGCAGUGUGUAGGAUCUGGUGGUAUCUAGUGGUGAGGUGCGACCAGCUGAAGCCUCUUCCGUGUGCCAAGCGUGUCAGAGAGCUACGGUGGCUGAUGCAAAAAACGUGAAUGGCCCUCUCUCUAGAGCCAGUGCGUAGAGUGUGUGUGUGUGUAUACAGGGGAAGUGAGUGGUGAAGCAAGAGAGAGAGAGCGGCGGCGACGGGAACGAGUAAUGUUAUCGACUCCGGCCCAAACUGGAAAACUUAACGUUAGUUAAGUUUGAAACAUGGAGGUGCAUCAUGGCAGACUCCGUGGAGAGAGGACUCGCUCCCUAUGUAGAUAUAAACGGCUCAUUCUAAGCUAUAACGAAAACACAACGAUUCUUAUUAUCAGGUGAUUAUACACUAAAGAAAACAAACUUAUUAAUAUUAUAUUCCAUUUCUGCCAAUAAAUCCCCUUAAAUGUGAUGCGUCAAUAAGCAUCCUUCUACAACGCAGAGGAAAACAGGUUUUACUCCUAUAGAAGAAACUAUUUAUCCCCCCGAUCACUGUGAACUUAUGACACCAAGUAAAAAGACUAUAAAUGCACUUUGAGUUUAGAUUAUUUCGCAACACAACUAUUCCCAAGGUCAAAAAGGAACUUCCAUGCUCAUAGUAAGAAAUGUGGACCCCCACGCAAGACAAGAUUUACACUAUGAAAUUAAAAAGGGGAUUAUAAAUUCAUGUAUUAAAAAAAUAAA